AUGCCUCCAAAGAUGAUCUUUGGCGCUGGCGCCAAGUUUCAUAUUUUUGGCAUUGAAAGACCUUACAACACUUUACCCGCUGAGCGGCCGACGUCUGGCGCUGGCGCCAAAAUGACUUUGAGCAAGGAAGUCUUCCAGUCCGGCGCAGGGCCGGAGGCUGGGGACGGGGCUAGUGCCGGAAGCGGUGACUUGGCGUUUGCGACAACAAAGCAAGUACCCACGCUUAAAGAGUCUGAGUUGUCGCGACAGGUGGAGCAGGUGAGCAACAACAUGUCCGAGAGGGGAGAAACUGCGAGUAACCAGCUAGAGCAGGCUCUUAAACAGCGCGACGCUCUCCAGCAGCAACUCAACGAAGAAUACGACCGAGCAGGGAAUCUCGAGCUACAGUGCGACAAACUCAAGGACCAACUCGCCUACUGCAAGAACGAGCUCGCCAAUUCCCAGCGCAUACAAAACGACACGGAAUACACGCUUAAGCAGAGCGAGUCGACACUCGCGGAAGAGCAGAGCACGACCAAAACUCUCGAGGCGCGCAUCGCCAAGCUUGAGAAAGAUGUUGCGCUCAACGAGGCUGCUGUCAAAGACAAAGCAAAGCAAAUCGACAACUUGACUGCCGAUUGCCAACAAGUUUACCAGACUCUCGACAUCGUUGCCCGCGAGCGCGAUGAGGUUCGCAUCGAUCUUCGAAAUAAAGAAUUGGAGUUCGACGACCUGAAGGAUCAAUGGCAAUCGGAUACGGAGCGGAUUGCGGAGCUAGAGGAGACCAUAAAGGAGCACGAGGAUUCCAACCUAGUCGCCGAGCUUGAGAACGACAUCGCCGGACUCAACGACAAACAGGAGCAGUUCUUUAGGACUCUCCUCGUCAAAGAUGAGCGCAUCAGUCACCUCGAGGCGAUGCUUCAAAAAGAGAAAGAACGCAACCUCCACAACGCCGACGAGAAUGCUCGAGCUGCCGCUGCCUCCCCUGUCGACGAUCAAAGGCAUAUUGGCAGCAUGGGAGGCACACUCGAAGACGAAUUCUCUAUGCUCGAUGAGGAUGACUUUAUGGAAUACGAACCUGAACUGGGGACUUUGUCUGCCGUUCACGUAGCUGCCAGUGUUAAACCUGUUGCUGCGCGUGUUCCUCCGAGUACAAUCAAGAUAAGCCAGGCCGCCAGCGUCGAACCUCGCAAGGCAGCUCCAGCACCACCGUCCACCAUCGUCGUCUAUAAUGCUGCCAGUACCGAGCCUGCGGCCGUGGAGGUGCCUAAACACGCCAUCGCUGUGCGCGAUGCUGCCAGCGUCGAACCUCGCGAUCCAGCGCCAGCACCACCGUCCACCAUCUACUUCAACGAGCCCGUCAGCACGGCGCCUGAGGCUGCGAGGGUGCCCGUACAAACAAUGGAGUUCUUCAAGGCCUUGAGCACUUCGCCUAUUCAGCCCACCCGUGUUCGACUCUCCUUCCACGACGUGCACGAUAUCGCCAGCUUUGCGCCCGAGCAGCCUGCUGAUGCGCCUUUGGCCUAUUACACUCAGAAGGUGGCUAGCACUGCGCCCGUCGAGCCCGCCCGCCCUCCUCUCUCCUUCCACGACGUGCACGAUAUCGCUAGCUAUGCGCCUAUACAACCUGUUGGUGUGCUUUUGGCUAUACACGAGCGGAAGGCAGUCAGCACUGAGCCUAUCGAGCCUGCUCGCGCUUCGCUCUCUUUCGACGACGUGCACAACAUCGCUAGCUUUGCGCCUGAACAACCUGUUGGUGCGCCUUUAGCUAUACACGAGCAGGAGGCAGUUAGCACUAAGCCCGUCGAGCCCGCUCGCGCUCCUCUCUCUAUUAAUGAUGUACUUUACAUCGCUAGCUAUGCGCCUAAACAGCCUGCUGGUGCGCUUUUGGCUGUGCACGAGCAGGAGGCAGUCAGCACUGAGCCUAUCGAGCCUGCUCGCGCUCUUCUAUCCAUCAACGAUGUACACGAUAUCGCCAGCUAUGCGCCUAUACAACCUGUUGGUGCGCUUUUAGCUAUACAUGAGCGGGAGGCAGUUAGCACUGAGCCUAUCGAGCCCACUCGCGCUUCGCUCUGUUUCGACGACGUGCACAACAUCGCAAGCUUUGCGCCAGAGCAGCCCACGCCUGUUGCCUCCACCAUCGUUAGACAUGAGAUCGCCAACUUUGCGCCGAAAGAGCCUAGUCUUCCAGUGCUCACCGUGAACAUGAUUGAGGCUGCUAGCACGCGUCCCGUUGCGCGCCAAGUCACCACCGCCGAGCUUCCUACCCAAACCGAUGCGCCUGCUGCCACAACCAACCUCUCCACCCAGACCGACGCGCCUACAACUACCACCGAUCUCUCUAUGCAGACUGACCCGCCUGCGCUCACGAGCCAACUUCUUCCCCAAGCGAAUCUCGAAACGACUCCAAUCGAGCCGAGCACUCAGACUGCGACCAUGAAGCCUAACAACCGCCUCGCUCCCAUCAAGGUUACUCGCGAAAUCAUACCUGUUGCCGAACAAUGCGAGACCUCCAACACACUUCCAGUCAUGGCUACCUCCUCCAAGAAGGCCGGGUUCACAGGCUGGAUUCCCAUGUUGUUUGCCGUUAUGAUCGCGAUUUACGCACUCGUCCUCAAAGCCGAGCUGGCUGCCUGGGAGAAUGCGAACGGCGUCGGUUUCGGUGGUGGGCACGGUAACAUGGCUAGUCGAAGUGGCGCUUAUGGCAACGGUCGUUACCUCUUCGGCGCCAUCCCCAUCGGCAUGGACAUUGGCAAUUCGUGGGUUUCUGAGCAGAUUGCGCGACACAUGUCUGCCGCCAUUUCACUCAUCGAAGAUUGGGCUGGCAUUGCCAAUGAACCUAUGUACUGA